GGUCCUGGAUAAACAACAACAGAAACGCAAUGAGUCACUUAAUUCAGCUUGGUCUUUUACACCUUGUCUUGAAUUCUGGUCCUUCUCAUUACGCACUGACUGAAUUGUAUAAGAAAUUGCUAGGCGAAGGUGGGAGAGUUGGAUACAACCAGGACGUGUCAGAAGUAGCACCUGAACCCAGAACACCAGGCUCUGGGGCCGAGCUCUCAAUUGGAAAAGCUGCCGCCAGGCCGCCUAAUUUCGGACUCCUUCCGACGUAAUAACAUCACCAGAUCCUAGCCCUACAACGUAAUGACGCCACCUCGCAGCACGUGUCUUGUUGUAGUCCCUCGCCUCCCCUUCCGACCUAGUGAGCCAUGAGGCUCAAAAAGAAUAAAAUGUCUUUUUCACCUCCACUCGCGCCCCCUCCCCCAUAAGCAUCAGUCCUUUAAGGAGCCAUGACCGGAAGUAGCUGCAGUCCACAUCGCUUUCUCCCCUCUGGCAACUAUAAGCAUUUUCAUAUUUACCAGAGGAAUAGUCCCUUGUUCUGGAAUUUAGUGGAACUUUGCCAGCCAACCUAAUGGCUUCUUCUGUUGCUGUGCCUGUGGGAUUUCACUAUGAAACAAAAUACGUUGUUCUCAGUUACCUGGGACUGCUUUCAAGGGAGAAGCCACGAGAACAGGAUCCUUUGUCAGCUCAAGGGGUCCAGCCAUCUACAUCUUUACAACUCUUGGACCAAGAGCUUCUAUUGAAAGUUAAGACUGAAAUUGAAGAAGAGCUGAGGUCUCUGAAUGAAGAAAUUUCUGGAGCUUUCACCAGCACAGGCUUUGACUGCCACACGUCUCCGGUAUUCAGCCCUGUUAACCCAGAGAGCUCAAUAGAAGACUGCUUGGCCCAUCUUGGACAGAAGGUGUCACUGGAACUGAAAGAACGCAUGCACGAAGCAUUGCAGACUCUGCUCAGCCAGCCAGUGAGCUAUCAGGCAUAUCGGGAAUGUACACUGGACACUGCAGCUCUUGCCAGCGGAUGGAAUAAGGUUUUGGUGCCCCUGAUUCUACUACAGCAAAUGCUGAUGGAAUUGACAAGACGAGGAGAGGAUCAUCUUAGUACAUUGAUACAGUUUGGUGUGUGGUAUCUGGAGGACUGUGCUGCAAAUUAUGUAAUUCAGCAAGGUGGAUGGGGCACUGUCUUUAAUCUGGAGUCAGAAGAGGAGGAGCCUGGAAUUAUUGCAGAGGACAGCAAUGAUAUUUACAUCCUAACCAGUGACAAUUCUGCACAGGUCACUCCUCCAGAAUCUCCAACUGUGACCACUUCCUGGCAGUCAGAAAGCUUACCUGUUUCUCUAUCAGCGAGUCAAAGUUGGCAUACAGAAAACCUACCAGUGUCUUUGGGUCCUGAGUCCUGGCAGCAGAUCGCUAUGGAUCCUGAAGAGGUUAAGAGUUUGGAUAGUAAUGGUGGUGGGGAAGAAAGAAGUGAGAACAAUUCUUCCAAUUCUGAUAUUGUGCAUGUGGAGAAAGAAGAAAUACCAGAGGGAAUAGAAGGGACAGUGUCAGCUUCUGUGGUGCUGCAGGUACAAGAGGGGUCCCAGAGUGCUCCUGCCCCGUUGCUUCCAGACCCCAGUGCCACUUCCUUGGUAGAGAUGGAGCAGGUCACAAAGAUUGUUGCUGUUGAGAAAACCAGCCCUGCCACAUCUUCAUUUGUAGAACUUGAGGAAGAAGAGGUCAGAGCAGCAAAAGAGAAAUCAGUUGGACUGCAGUUCCCCGCGCCAAGUUUUCCUCCAUUGAAAUCAACGCCCAAAGCUGAUGAAGGGGUACCUACCCCAGAGCUGAAAAAAAUGCUGCCUCAGGAAGGAGAGACAAAAAUAAGGAAGGAGGGCCUCUCUGAAGACACAUCUGCUGGAGAAGAGAAGCACAUUUUGUUACCAGAGGGCAAAUCUAUCCUGCUGUAUGGUGGUGCUGCUGCCGUUGCCAUGUUGGCAGUAGCAGUGGGAGUGGCUCUGGCACUGAGAAAGAAAUAGCAGAUUGUGUGAAAGAAAGGGAAGCAAACAGAUGACCACAUUUGGAUUUGGAGUGAAGUAACUGAUAACAAAGUCCAUAGGUUUGCUUUUUCAUCCUGUGGAUUCAGACUCUGUGAGUGUGAAAGAGAAGGGUUAAUUUAGUGGAAUCUGAAAUGGGAAUUCCUGGGGGCAAAAGAAUUUAGUGGCAGACUACUCCAGCAACUGGCCUGUCUGCUGUUUACCCCCUGAAAUUUCUAGUUUUCUUAAGGUACUGGCUGUUGUUGCAGCCACACCAAUUCAUCCCUUCUCCUUUUCUCUACACCCUCUGUCCUGUAGCAUGAGGGAGCCCUCCCCUUAUGUUUCAGCUGCCUCUCAGGUACUGCACUGCUCCUUUUCAUCCCCAAAUUUCUUCUAAGUCCCCAUGGGAGAGUGCUUGCUCUAUACCUCUGCUCUUACCGUCAAGUCCCCAAAGCUUUCUACAGCUCUGCCUUGUAAAGAUGCUGCCUUUAGAACUCUUAAAAACCACCCCCAAACCAGAGAUACCCAGGGUUCCUUACGCAGUCAGAGGACGGGGCAAAUCACUGUUGAUCAGAAUGAGAAAUUUUAGUCUUACUUGGAGACUGAAGGUCAGACCAGUUGACCUGCUCUGGUUCAUUUUUAUAAUCAUCCUAUUCACUUUUCUGGUCGUUUCCCUCAGUGGUGGAAUCAACUCUGUUGUCACUUGUCUGUGACACUGCUUUUCUCAUUUGCUGAUUGUCUUUCCUACUACAUAUCCAGCUCUUGACAGGUCACAAUUCAGUGUGAUGAGGAUUCAUAUACUAUUAUUUAUGGAGCCAGCUGACAACUUGUUAAAUAUAGAAAGUCAUUUAUAUUUUGUUGAAGUCAAGCUAGGAACCUGGAAAACCUGUAAAAUUAAAGACUAAGGCCUCCUCUGGGGUGUUAGUUUGGCCUGGUUGUUCCAGGAUGCCAUCACUGUAACCUUGGUUUCUUCAUGCUUCUUUCUACAAAGUAAAGUGAUGUAGGCCAAAAGGAAAUCAAAGCAGCGCUUCCCAGUCAGUGUAGUUAGUUUCCAUUCAGUACAGUCUCUCUCCCUCCCAUCUCUUUGGCAGUGUUUCAAAUUCCUUCCCCAAAAGAGGGAUCAAACUGUGUCUUUUCAUGCUUUUGAGGUCAUGGUGUCAUCAUGCAGAUGAUGUAUGCCUGAUGCAAAAACCUAUUUCACGUGCAUCAGAAAAUGUAAAUUACUUUUUUUGAUCUUGUAAUUUGUAAUAAAAUUAAUUUGAAAAGACAUCUACCUAAACUGAUCACAUAAACCCUCAUGUUUUAUAUGUACUUUGUUUUUUACAUUUCAUUUAAAAAAAUGAUUUCUUCCUGGAGCAAUAUUGUUUCUUAGUUGGCCAAGAAAAUAACUAAAAAUUUAUCUAGCUUCUGUAGUUUUAUAGAUGCAAUGUAUUUUGUCAUUCCUGAGAUUUGCUUAGGGUUUUAUGUUCUCUAGGUUUUAGUGUAGCUCAAGAAAUAAUCAGAAUUAGCACAAUUUUGAAUGAAUUAAGAACCAGAAAGCCCCUUGAACACUGUUUUUUGAGAUAAUGGCAGUCAGAUUUGGUUUGUAUGUAUUUUAAUUUCUGCAUCUUGAGUUUGUCUUUUUAAUUGUAACUCACUGAUGACUAAGAUGAUAAUGAAGAGAACUGAUUAGUUUAUCUUGACCUUUUUUUAAAAUAGUAAAAUGAAAUUCUCCAUUCUUCUGUAAUUUUAAAACCCUGGGUUUCAAAGCCCAGUGGUUGGUGCUGAAUACAUAAAAGAGGCACUAAUAAAGGCAAGCCCAGGUUUUUGAACUGUUAAUUAGGGAAUUUUAACCUUAUGAGGUUAUGUGUGUGUGCUUGCUUUCUUUUCCCUUCAAGAAAGAGAUAAGAAAGAAGAGGGGCCUAAAGAAGUGAUUGUUUUAGCUCUAUGGGUUCUCUGUGUUAGUUUUUCCUUCUGUUGAACCCAACCUAUUUUUUUGCCGUAUUUGCUGCAUAAGUUAAAUAGCAAUUUCUUUAUCUCUUCUCUUAACUUUCUAUGACCGUUUUUUUGGUUCUUGGAUAAGGUGGCAUAUACUUCUUGUGUAUUAAUGUUUCUAUUGCCCUUUUGACUCCCUAAAUCAAAAUUAAAAUGAAGAUCCGAAACAAAUUUGAUUGGUUUCUAGGAAUCAUCUUUUUAAUAUUCAGACAUCUCCUCUUGUUUACCCUAUUUUUAAAAAGGGUGCUCCAUUCUUUGGAAUAUUGAAGAAUAUGUUUUUUUAUCCUCGGUUUCUUAUUUCCUUGUUUGGAUGGAAUAUGUAUCUCCUUGAUAAUUUAUUUUAACACUCAGCAAAGAGCCAGGCUAAAAAUCUAGAAUUAAGAAAUUUAUCCUUUUUCCUGUGCUUAGGCAAAUCAGUGUUUUCUUCCCCAAAGCCCUCCUCCCUGCCCUAUUGCAGGGUAUUCUGUGGGUGCUAAAUUAAUAAUAGUUAUUUUUGUUUUAAUGAUAACUGUGGGGAAAUGACAAUUCUGGGAGGGGAAAGCACAAGUGUUAACCAUUUCUUUCACACAAUUUUCACACUUAGACAUCUGAAUCCUAGGUAUCUUCUGUGUACCAUUUAUUUUUAACACAAUCUUGGUAAGUUCAGACACUGGUAGAGUUUUAUUUUUCCCCCCCAAGAGGAUUGAGCAGUGGACAUAGUCAGCAAUCUUGGUUUCCAUUCUGUGUUCUAUUGCUGAUUUACUGUGACAAAUAAUUUCAUUGGUCUGUGCUCCAAUUUCCUCUUAAGUAAACUGAGUUUAAUAGUUGAUUCUUGUCUAUUUUCUGAAGGUAAUGUGUGCAGCAAUACAAUAAUACCUUCAGAGAUUUCUAGGGUUUUCUGUUAGAAAUUUUAUAAAAAUUAAAGGGGCUAUUUAUAGGUCA